CUCAGCUGUCCUCCUUUCAACCUCCUUUCAACCUGUAUGAUAACAACGAUUCAAUCUUAUGAACACUGCAAAUUCGCGAGUUCUGGAAAGGAUAUCAUCAACCAUACAACCCAUCUCAUUCACAAUCUUUGAAGAAAUUUUGAAUAAUGCGUUGGAUCAAUCGAAAGAAAAUGAUGUUGAUGAUGAUCCAGAAUCUUAUGUGGUUGUUGGUCAAGAUUUUGAAGAACCAGUUUCACUUGAGGGUAGUGUAGUUAAGGAUGAUGAUGAAGCGUAUGAGUUAUACAAUAGUCAUGCUUUUAGGAAUGGUUUUGGUACUAGGAAGGGUAAAAAGGAGUAUAGGAAUGGUACCAAAAUAGUUCGGCAGAGGUUCUUUGUUUGUGCAUAUGAUGGUUUUAAAAAAGCUGAUGGUGUUGUGCCUAAAUGUUACAAAAAAAUUGAUAGGAGAACUGGAUGCAAGGCAUCAGUUCAGUUUGAUGUUGAUAAGAAAACUAGAGUGUAUGUUCUUUCUAAAUACUCUCGUGUUCAUAACCAUUCAAUGGUUCCCGCCAAUAAGAGAUAUCUUAUUAGGUCACAUAGGAACAUAUCAAAAGAACAGUUGGCUUUCCUUACUACGUUUAGUUGUAGUGGUACUAAGAUUGCUGAUGUUCUUCGAGCAAUGAGGAAAGAAGUAGGUGGUGAAGCUAAUUUAUGA